UUCUUGCUCCGGAGUUCGUAUUGCACUAGUAUUAUUUCUUUCUAUGGGUGACCAUAUAUGAUUUUUAUUUGCAGGGGUUAGAAAGAGUUGAGUCAUCAUGGAAAUAGAAUCUGGAAACCCUAGAAUCGAACCAGAAAAAGACCUGAGAACCCUCUUCUCCUCUUAUUCAAAUCAAGUUUGGAGAAGAUUGGUUGGUUUGUUUCCCUCUAAGCAUCAUGAUUCCAAUUUACUCGCAAAAUUUACAAAUUUCUAUUAUCGAACUGCUCGGUCUAGAUCUUGGAGACGUAGACCAGGUCUUCCUCUUCCAUUGCCUUCAAAUUCACUUGAAUCUACUCUAAUUCUAACUGAAGCAUCUAGAGUUUAUGAUGUCUUGGAUGAUAUUUUGGAGCAUGUCCUUUCAAGUAUGCAUAUUAUCCAAAAGAGUUUGCAGUUUUGGCAGUUGAAAGCUGAGGGAACAAAUGCUCAAAAAGCAUACUUCAUGGUUUUUGAAAGAGGACCACGUGCCUUUAUCAACGGAACGGUUCAGUUGAUUCGCGGAUGUUCUAUGGAGGGUUCUCCUUUGCAACAACUUUGUCAUUCUGCAGCUACUGAGAUAUCUGAGAAGAUAGCUGUUUUAACAAGCUUACGCUGUUGCUUGGCUACAUUUCUUUCGCAGGUUUAUGUGGAGGUUGAUAAUUUCGGGGAGGCUUUAGUCAAGGAUCCAGAGAAAUCACUGCCUUCAUUAUUGGUGAACAUUAAUAGCUUAUUAUCAAAACUUGAAGAAUCAAUCAACCAGCAGCAUGAAAUGUUUCAGAGGGUUUCAUCUGCAUCUGUUGGUGGGAACAACACACACACUUUGCAGUUUGAGAAAUUGCCUGAAAUUAAUCAGGAAGGUUCUCAGUGGACUGACUGUGAGAUCAGAGAUGCUAUCAACUUGGUCUAUCAGAAUCUUGAUAAGCUUAAUUCAUACAUAACUCAACUUGUUUCCAAAAACAAAAAACCGAGGAGAGUGACUUUGCACUGGUUUGGUUAUACAUGCGGAGCGGUUGGGCUUUCAGUGUGCUCAGUAUGGCUUGUACGUCAUAGCAGUUUGGCAGGUAGUUCGGACAUUGAUAACUGGAUUCGUGAAGCACAAGAAUCAACUGUCAGAUUCUGGAAUGAUCAUGUUGAACAGCCGAUCCUUUCCAUCAGAGAUGAGCUCUUCGAGACCUUCAGGAGGAGGCACAAGGGGGUGAUGGAGCUUGAAGAAGUGCAGUUAACUUCAGAUUCUCUACAUAGGAUGCUGCUAACAUUCAGCGAGCAAACGCGUGGUCAAGAGUUUCCACAAGACGCAUCAGAUCAGGAAAUGAUGGAAAUAGUAAUGGCAAGGUAUGAAAAGGAUCUUAUGCAUCCAAUUAAAAAUUUUGUUGGGGGAGAGAUCGCUCGUGCUUUGCUUAUUCAGAUUCAGAAGCUGAAGUUGGAUAUUGAGACGGCAAUGCUCGACCUAAACCAGAUACUGAAGGCAAAUGAAAUCAACUUUGCAAUUCUCGCCGCUUUACCCGCUUUCUUUCUCUCCGUUGGGUUGCUUAUGCUUGUUCGCACAUGGUAUAAACAGGACAAACGAGCUGAAGGUAGAGGAAGGAUGGCUCGCCUUCAAAGGAGACUGCUUGUUGUCGAGGUUGAGAAAAGGAUUAUGCAAUUCCAAACUUGCUUGGAUCAAGGACAGGGAGAAGAUGCACAAUGCAUGCUUGGAUUGGUGCUGUAUAGUUUGGAUCGCCUAUACAAGUCUGUGGAAAGGCAUGCCAAGGAGACAGGUGAAUGGCUAAGUUUGAGAGAAGACAUUAUCGAUCUUGGGAAGCCACAAAUGCAGACGGCGUAUAAGCUUGCGGUGACGUCACGCCUAGUGCGGGUAUAUGACUGCAUGCUUCCUUCAGAAAACCGUCGGUAGUUCAUCUGUUUUCCGAACAAUUUCGGUAUUACACAUACAUAGGAAACGAAAACCCGAUUUUGUUGAAGAAUUUGAAACGAAAUAUUCUGAUCCGGGGAGUCAUACAGGAGGUGAGAUCUGCAUAAAAGUCGGAUUUGAAGUUUACUCGGUUAAAUGAUUCGUCUAGGUGAAUCAAUUUUGGAACGUCGCACAAACUGAAUCUGAUAUCUUGUCCAGUUCAUUCCUAAAUGUGAAUAAUGAACUACGUGUGGGAUGUGGCUAAUAUUGAUAGUUUUCACCUCCACGAUUUGUGUGUUUUACUGUAGGGAAAUUAUAAUCGAUGGUCCAUAAAGUAACGGUGUUCUUGGUGCAAACUGUUUUUGUGUCAUGUCCCAUGUACUAGUUAUGUGCACCCAUCGGGUUAGGGGCACCCUUAGCAUUAGGUAGUGUUUUUCUAGUCUCACUUGUGUGAGUGGCACGUUCAUGUGGAUGUUGCCCUAUUUAGUUUGGCUGAUGUAUUUCUCUUCUCAGUUAAUGAAAUAGAAAUUGUUGUUUGGUUU